AUGGGAAUCCUUAAAAUUCGCAACCGAACAGGGGUCAAAAAGCUCUCGCUUCCAGGAUGGCAGAUUUCCUGUAUCCUCAGUCACAACAAAGGACGCAUCCUAGUGACUUCAUCAUAUCCAGAAAGGGCUGAAGACGGCUACGACUCUCUACUUUUUACUCCAUUAUAUGCCUCCACCCGUGUUGACUGUCUGGCCCUAAAAAUAAAACCACCCGUGGCUCCCGUUCACUUUCUCGCCCAGCCCCGACUCGGGCUUCCUGCAGAGAAAGCCGAACAGCAAGCGUCUCGGCAGAAAGACCGCCUGGGGCUUCCGGAACGUUGCGGCUGCUCCGGACGCCGCUGCCGCUGGUGCUCCUGGCUGCCGGCGUCCUCCCCCGCCUCUGUUUGGAUUCGAUUGACCACGUCACUCUUAGCCACGAGACCCGGAUCUGCCGGCUCCCGCGGACGACGGCGCAACAGAUUGCAGCGCCUCGAGACCCCAGAGGCCCCGCCCGCCGAGCAUGCGCCCGCCCAGUGCCUGUCCAGGGCGUCGGUGGGAGGCUGCGAGGGCUCGAGCGGCUUCGGGCUCUCACGUCACGCCAUGCGUGGGGGCGCGAAGCGCGGGGAUGUGGUUCCGGUCGGGAAGGGUGGGGCAGAGGACUAUGAAGGAAGCAGGCUAGGAGCUGUGGAGCAUGCCGGUCAUCCCAGGUACUUGGUGAGACUGAGGAGGGAGGAUUGCAAAUUCGAGACCAGCCUGGGCAACUUCGGAAGACCCUGUCUCUAAAAGGGAAGGGCGGGACUUGGUGGCGCUCGCCUGUAAUCCCUGCAACUCCGGAGGCUGAAGCAGGAGGAUCCCGAGUUCAAUACCAACCUCAACAGAUUAGCGAGGCACUUAGCAACUCAGUGAGACCCUGCCUCUAAAUAAAAUUUUAAAAGGGGGGGAAGGGGGCGGUUGGGGAUGUAGCUCAGUGGUAAAGCAUCCCUAGGUUCAUUCCGCAGUCUCUCAAAAAAAAACUAAAUUUUAUUUUGUAGACUUAAUUGGUGCUUCCUACUUUCCCAUUCUAGCCUCAGUUUAAUCGCUAAAAGAGGAAAGUUGGCAAAAUUUAGGACUAUGCUUUUGUUUUCUUAGGUCCGUGAAUUGAUGAACUUUGAUUAACUGUAACCAGUACCGGGCCUGGUGGUGCGUGUCUGUCUGUAGUCCCAGCUACUUGGGAGGCUAAGGCACGAAAAUCGCUUGAGCCUGGGAGUUUGAGGCCGUUUGGGCAACAAGUGUGAGUCCCAAAGAUUUUACAGAAGUACCUCUUGCCCUAUCCUAUAGGAGAGGUGAAAGCUAUAGUUGUCUUUCUUGUUCUGACUUGGUAAUCUUUUCACCUACCCAGCUUCUCUCUCAAUUUGGUUAAUUACUCCUCUACAAGCUGAAUCACCUUAAGCAAAUUACUAUAAUCUGCAAGAAUUUUUUUGUUUUAUUUUGUAAUAAAGUAGAUAUUGAACACCGGUAAAGGUUCCUAGAAAACUAAAGAUUUCUGGUAAAACUCCAAGUGUUUCCUUAGUUAAUUGUUAUUAGGAGUUGGUACAAAAUAAACUUCUUACCGGGUGCUGUGGCUGAGGCCUGUGGUUUGGGAGGCUGAGGCAGGAGGAUCCAGAGGUCAAAGCCAGCCUCAGCAAUGGCUAGGCCCUUAGCAACUCAGUGAGACCCUGUCUAUAAGAAAGAAGUAGUAGUACAAAAAAAGCGCUUAGGAUGUAUGUCAGUGGUUAAGUGCCCCUGAGUUCAACCCCCUGUACCCAAAAAAAGCCCUUCUUGGCCCUUAAAUGCAAUCCUGACCUCUACUUAUUCAAAUUCAGACAUUUUUGAAGUGGAAUCUAUUGCCUUUAUGAAGUUCAUGAGCUGACACUGUAGCAGAAGGUCUCUAAUUUGUGGAACUCUGUAAACAGAAAGUUUUGUGUGCUUGGGUGCAUCCAUGUGCACAUGUGAUUGAAAACACAGCUGUUUUUAAGAGUGUUGAACAAAAUUAAAAUGUACUAGAAU